CCAGCUGAGGUGUAUCGUGACAUGUGCAAGCCACCCGAGUGGGUGAAGGCAGGGGACUGCUACGAGCAGGCAGAGAAGGCAGAGGAGGCGGCGCACUGCUUUGCACAGGCGUGGGAAGUGGAGAGAGCGCUUCUAGUGUGCGCCCAGAACCGCUUGUAUACGCUUGGCAUGUCUCUGCUGCAGAACUGGCAGGGGCAGGUGGGAGAAGGGUUGAAAGCAGUCAAAAUUAAACAGGUAGAAAGGCUCCUGCAGCCGCAGGAGCAGCACCGGCUGCAGGGCGGGUGGGAGGAGGGUGAGGAAAAGUGGAGGCAGAGAGAGAAGCUCGUCAGUAGGAAGAAUGCCGAGUUUUUGCAGCAAGCUGCGAUGUAUUACUACAGGAAAAAGAACAAGGGGGAGAUGAUGAGUUUCGUCCACCAGUUCUCUUCCCUGGCAAAGAAACGUCAAUUUCUGGAGCGAAGGGACUUUUUUGACGAGCUGCUGAAGAUUGAGAUUGCCGAGGGGAACAUCGAGCGGGCUGCUGAAAUGAGGCUGAAGAAGGGUGAGAUGGUGGAAGCUGCGAUGCUGUUUCUGGAGCAGGAACGGUGGGGGCGGGCGUUUGAGUGUGCCAUGGGUGCUGCUCGUGUGGCCAGCAUGUGGGCGAAUGGGAACAAGGGAUGGCCGCUGAAUGCACGGGAACGGGAACGGACGCAAGGGGGAGUUGUGGAGACCAGGGAGGUGGAAGGGAAGGUGGAGGUGGGGAAGGAUGCGGGGGCGAUGGUGAGAGUGAAAGGAGAGAAAGAAGAGGUGGUUCCCAGUGUGUGGGAAGGGAGGGUUGAGGAGGAAGGGAGUGAGAAGGAGAAGGAGGGUACAAUAGAAAAUGCAGUGAAGAGUGAGGAGGAGGUAGCAGAGAGAAGCAUGGAAACGGACAUGGAUGCUCUAGAGACGGCAGUUGCCGUGUGGGAGAGGGAGAGGAAGGCGAGAGGGCUGAGUAACGUGAGGAGGGAUGUGGGAGAGGAGAGCACCAUCGGGGUGCAAGGGCAAGGGUUAGGCAGGGGAGCUGGGGGGGGGAAAGGGGAGGUGGAUGAGAGGGAAGGGAUGGAGGCGAUUACCCUGCUAUGGCUCAGGAAUUUUCGUUCACAAGGCUUUAGACAUGGGAAAGAGAGGGGGCAUGAGGACAUGGAAGGUGAGGUGAGGAGAUGGUGGCAGUUGCUUACUCAGUGCCGCUCACACGAGCUACUCGAAAUGAUGGAGAAUGUAGAGCAGGUGAGGACGAGCAAGGGGGGAGAAUCAGCUGUGGUAAAAGAGGGAGCAGAGAUAGGGGGCAGAGGGGAAGGAGGCCAGGGAGAAGAGGCAUUGGUGGAGCAAGGGGGGGAGGAGUUGGGGACUCCAAGGAGGAGCCUUGCUGCUGAGGUGCUGGUGAGCUGGAAGGCUCUCGAGUUAAGCAUCCAGCGAGCUAAGGCGUCCCUGUCUCAGCACGCAAAGACCCCGCCUCUCCCGCACACCACCGCCCCUUUACUCCCUUCUCCCAUCAAGCCUGCUACCAAGCUCCCCUCUCAAACGCCACCAUCCGCACCAUCACCCCCACCUACAUCAGCAGCUCCAGCCAUCCCUCUCCGACCCGCAUGGCAGCAGGGGAGCUCCUCGGGAACUCCACAACAAUUGCAGCAGCAGGAACAGAAGGGAAAAGAAGUGCAGCAGGAGCAGGAGUUGCCGUUUGAGGCGGAAUUGAGUGAGGUGAAGUAUUGGUGGAGGCACUGGAGUGAAAGGGUGGGAAGCAUAGUGUCUGCGCUCCAGCGACUGCAGAGACGAAGGGAGCUGCCCACAGAUGCACCCUGGCUAGAUGCCACCUUCCACCUGCUCGCCGUCUCCUCCCCUUCCUCCUCCUCCUCCCACUCUGCCACCCAUUCUUUCUCCUCUUCCUCUGCUCAAUCACUCCUUGUCGGCCUGUCGUCCGCUCAAUGGCUCAACCCAGUGCGAGCAGCGGUGAAUCGCCUGCCUAAUCAGGGCACGCGGGGGGAGAUAGCGAGGGAGGCAGCAGCCAGGGCAGGUGCUAUCUACUGGGCGAGACAGGCUAGUGAGAUGGUAAAGGAGUUUGUUAGUGUGAAGGAACAAGUGUUGAGAGUUCUGGAGAAAGGGGCGGUUGGUAAGGAGCUGGGAGGAGGGAACAAUUUGGGCACGGCAUGGGCUGUGCCACAGCAGGGGGGUAUGGGGAGUGAUCGGGCGUGGCAGGAGAAGGAGAGGGGGGAGGCGGAGGAUAGGAAGCGAGCGAGAGAGAUGGAUAUGCAGCUGGAGCUAUGGGUUGAGAUCUAUGGCCUGCAGCAGUGUGCUGUGGAGCUGUGUGGGGGGGGAAGAAGCGAGCAGAAGGAGCAGGAAGGAGGGGAGAAGGGCGAGGAGGGGCAAGCCGGAGGGUCAGUUGGAGAGGGGGGGAUAGCUCAGUUGGCAGGGGAGGUGGAGAGGUGGAAGGAGCAGCAGGAGAGAGCGACAGUAAAGCUGCUGGCGUUGCUCUUCCCCGUCACAAGCCCUCUGCCUCGCUCCUUGGCGUUUGUGGUGGGCCGGUGGAGGGAGGACGAGCGCGCACGGACCAUGAUGCAGCGAUGGGCAUGUGCUUGCGUGCAGACAUGCCUGGUGGAGGGGAGGAAGGAAGCGCUGAAGCAGAAUGCCACCCACAAUGCAGCAUGGCAGCAGGAGGAGGUCCUCAAGCCUCUGGUUCCAGUUGGGCUCAUGUCCCAGUUGGUGCAAGUUCUCCCGUAUCUUGGACCUUGGUGGAUGCGCAGGGAGUGUCAGGAGCUGUUAGCGUUGAUGCCUGAUACAAGAGUUGACGUGUGUGCUCGAAUGCUGCUGGCAGGGCAGUGGGAAGAGGAAGCCCUGUCAUUUACCCUCCAGCAUCCUACUCUCCUCUGUGGAACUUUUGCUCUUGACUUGUGGGGUUUCUCUCUCUACCGCACAUACAAGGUGAGUACAUUGGUGCUUCUGUUGCUUCAUUUUGUGUCUGCACGGCUGUGGCAUGACGUAUCCUUCCUUCCUGUUCUGUGUAUGCAGUGGUGCCGCUGGGACCAAAAGGAUGGCUUCGUUUCUUUCCCCACAUUCCUCAACCUGAUCGAGAAGGCAGCAGUCCAUUUGUGUGCCGCCAUCACGAAUCUCGACAACCUCGUCAUCCCCACCUCCCUGGCGUCUCUUCAUCUUGAAGGCCAGCACCAUUCGAGCCUCUGCACGCACAUGCUGCUGUGGAACUUCAACAAGAAUCGGAGAACUCUCACGCAUCUCCAUAGCAAUGUCCUUUCGCUUCUCCUCCAUGCCAUCAUCCGCUUCUUUGUCUUUGAGCCAGAAGCCCUCUUAGGGUGGAUGAACAGAAGCAACAUGUCACCAUCCGACCAUGGUUCAGUCUUCCUCCGUCUUGUCAUCCUCAUCACCUUCUGUGUUUCCAACGUCGGCCCGUCGUUCCGCCAGCCUUUCUUUGACUACAUGCUUGGCCACCUCGCCACUGUGUUUUGUCCCAAAGACAAGCCCCCAAAUCCCUUCGUGCAUACCCUGCCACUGCAACUGCAAAAGGAUCUGGCAACUAUGUCAAGCCGAUCACACGCCCCACCCACCCCGAACCAGUUCUAUGACAAGCUGUGUCGACAUAUGUGGGCCAUGCGAGACCCCUGGGUGCUGUUGAGACGACGGGGCUCAUGGGUAAUUCCCGGGCAUGUCUGGAAGGCUCAGCUGGUUCCAAUAGAUGUGGAGUUUACAAUGGAGGUUGACGGGAAGCAGUCAUUUCCAGUGUUCUCGCUAGUCAAACUGACUGGUUUCCAUGCAGUUUACCCUUUUGGGGGUGGUAGUGCUAUUGUUGACGACACGAGUGUUGAGCAAAGGGAGGUGGGGGAGGAGGUUUCUGGGAGUGUGGAGGAGAGGGGUGAGGAGGGGCCAGGAAGUAGUGAGGGGAAAACGGCUAGAGAAGCAGGCAGUGAAGGGGGUGCUGAAGGUUCCAAAGGGAAUGAUAUGGAGGAGAGGAUGGAUGAAGGAGAUGGCGGGGGUAUGAAUGAGGGGACCAAGGAGGUGGAGCAGGAGUUGAAGAACGCGCAGCUGCAGAGUGAUGCCAGGGAGGAGGUGGAUGGGAUCAAGAUAGCUGUGUGGAUUUCUCAACAAUUGCGGAACUCCAUGCACCAGGCCCGGGAGCGGCUGCAGCAGGAGCUGUCGCCACUCCAGCAGUGCAGCAGGGAAGCGCGGAGGGUCUUGACGGGCACGCUGCAAUCAGUCGGCCUGAGUGAGCGUGCCUUCUAUCUGCAGGAAUACGAGGAGCAUGCGUGCCCUGUCAAGGUGGAGACAGACGCCUUCCUGGUGCUGAUUCACGAGGGGGUGAGGCAGCUGAAGCAGGUGCUGCAGCAGGAGGAGCCAGGCACAGGGCAGGGCCAGCAGAGGGGGCAAGGGCGUGCACUGUCGGAGGCAGAGGCGGAGAAGCAUGAGGAGCUGCUGGAGCAGGCGCUGGACGCUGCUGAGUCACUUGAAGCUGCCACUUCUGUCAUCCACCACUCCCACUCCGGCCAUGUGUCUGCAUCUGUGAAGUGGCUGCACAGCACAGCCAUCGCCCCGCUCUCCGACCUCCUCUCCCAGCACAAGUCCCUGGAGAACCCACUGAAGAAGCUGCUGCACACCACAGAAAAGAAAGGGGAUGCAGCACAGGCUGCUUCUGGCAAGGGUGGGAGCGGAGGGGCCAAGCAGGGAGGAAGCAGCGGUGUGAGUGAGUCUGGUGGAGGGAAGGGGAAGGGGAAGAAGGGAGGAGGGCGCGGUGGAGGGAAGGAUGGUGGGGGGGUUGGUGGGAAAGGAGGGAAGAAGCAGCAGAGGGGCAAGUCUAAGAGGUAGUAAGGCCUGGAGGCUGGAGCCAGGGUAUGCGGUCCUUGUGACAUCCCCUCUUGUACUGUCUAGUGCAGGUAUGGCUAGCUGCCUGCAUGCCUCCCGAGUCCCAGCAUAGGCUACCUUCCAGGUUUGCCUUCAUAUAGCAGAAUAAAUGCCAUUCCAGUUUUCCUAACUCUUGCUGGAUAAGGGCUGUUGGGUUGAUGACUGUUGGGCUGAGAAAAGCCCUUAGGAUCUUUCCAGAGACUAAGUCCCAGUUGAGGAAUGAGACUUGAGUAGUGCAGCGGAAGUUGAGUAGUUGAACCCUUGUACUAGUAUAUGAGAACAAGU